CUUUUGCAAAAGUGUUCCUGAAAAAUUCGUCAUCUCCAAGGAGAUUCAUGGAAAAGAAGCUGACAAAUACUCUAAUAUGCAUGUUUCUGAUAACUUUACUAUCAUAACAUUGAAUUGAUAAGAAUUUCUAAAACUUUAAUGGAAAACUGAUUGAUUUGUAAAGCUGCUAACCCAAGAUCAGGGAAAAUAAUAAUUAAUUAUGUAAGACUGACUAGAUUGAUGAAGGUAAUUAUACUUUUUAUGACUUCAGUUAAAACAUUGCUAGUUCUUCAAUGUUUUGUUGUCAAAUUUAAAGGGCCCCUAUUUCUCCUCUUUUUAGCUAUCUGUAGCUUACAGCAAUUUUAUAAAGUAUAUAUUUGCAAUAAAGAUUGAACCAUUUAUCUUUUUCUCACUACCUGAUCCCUCCAGAAUUCAGAAGCUCUUAUUAGAUAUUCUUAUUUUUCAUGACAAUGUAUGUGUUUGCGUAACUUCAGUAAGAAUCAGUUAUCCUUGUAACAGGACACAAUUGAAUGAGUCCUUGGCCUAACUUCCUAGCCCCAUGAGGCUUUUGGAAGUCCAAUCUGAGAUUCCUUAUGAAAAGUUCAAGCAAAGCAAAUCUAAAAGAUUGAAAAAUAUGGUCAAUCACUAGUUCAUAUAAAAAUAUUGUCAAUCACUAGUCUUACUGUGGUUAUUUUUGAUAGAAAUGGGGUGAUUAUAGAGAGAAAGAUCGUUUCAGUAAUACAUCUUUGUGAAUAUCAGAUGCUAGUGCUACUAAUUGUAUUUUAUAUUUUGUUUUCUUCCUGUAAACUAGACUAGAUCCUGAAUUGUUCGAGUUUCCUCCCAUAUUUGGCUAGAACUCUCCACACUAACAUUUCAAUUUCCUUUCACUCUUUUGAUUUGGAAUCACUCUGCAACUAAAAUUGUCCUUUUCUGGAAGCCAGGCAAGCUAAAGCUGGACAACUUGAUAUGAACUUCAGAGAGAUCCCUGCAACAGCUCAUGUGUGGACAGUCUUCAUGCCUGUUGGUAUGUAGUAGCCCAUAAAGAUCACCAGAGACAUUCACGCUGCAACCAGGAAAAUCUGUUAGAUGGACCCUGCUUGCCCUCACUCCAUCUGAAGAUGCUUAGAACACAAAACUGAGAAAUAUUAACUAGCUGCUCUUCAAACUCAGGAACUGAAUUUCCAAUGUGCUCAAACUAUUAACCUCUGUUUUUCUUUUGUGUCCACAAAAAUGCCUUUCCUUAAGUUACUUAUUGCUUUCAUCAUGUAGAGGCUUAAUUUAGGUAGAAGCUCACCUAUACCACCACCUCCUGAGAUGAAACAUUCUCAUAUUCAUCCUGUCCUAGCUACCAUACUAACCUCUCUGGUGCUUUGUAUACUCUUGAGGGUUUUAAGUGCCUGUCGGUAGCCACUCACAUGCUGAUGGUAUCCAUCAGGAUCAGAGAACUGGAUGAAAUCAACAAUACCACGUAACUGAUGAAAACGGUGACUACUGGUCUGACAACUCAGCUAAUGGAAACAGCGAAUUUGGAUUCUUCAGCUUGACUACUUCAAUGGGGUAACAAUAUGCUGUUUUCUGGAGAAAAGCGGAGGAAACUGAGGUUAUUAGCAGGUGACCAGAGGAGUGCGUGCUACCCGCACAGCCUUCAGUUUUACUUGGAGCCACCUUCUGAAAACGUAUCUUUGACAGAGUUUGAGAACUUGGCUAUCGACAGAGUUAAAUUGCUAAAAUCAGUUGAGAAUCUUGGUGUGAGCUAUGUGAAAGGAACCGAGGAAUACCAGACUAAGUUGGAGGCUGAGAUUCGAAAGCUCAAGUUUUCCUACAGAGAAAACUUAGAAGAUGAAUAUGAACCACGAAGAAGAGAUCAUAUUUCUCACUUUAUUUUGCGCCUUGCUUAUUGCCAGUCUGAAGAUCUUAGACGCUGGUUCAUUCAACAAGAAAUGGAUCUUCUUCGAUUUCGAUUCAAUAUUUUACCCAAGGACAAAAUUCAGAAUUUCUUAAAGGAUAGCCAUUUGCAGUUUGAGGCUAUAAGUGACGAAGAGAAGAAUGCCCGAGAACAGGAGAUUAUUGCUUCAUCACCCAGUUUACAUGGGGUUAAGUUGGAGUGCGAGUCAGUUUAUAAGAUCCCUUUUGCUGAUGCCCUGGAUUUGUUCCGAGGAAGGAAAGUGUAUUUGGAAGAUGGCUUUGCUUAUGUACCACUUAGGGACAUUGUGGCAAUCAUCCUGAAUGAAUUCAGAGCCAAACUGUCCAAGGCUUUGGCUUUAACAGCCCGGUCCUUGCCUGCUGUGCAGUCCGACGAGAGACUUCAGCCUCUGCUUAACCACCUCAGUCAUUCCUACACUGGUCAAGAUUACAACACACAGGGAAAUGUUGGGAAGAUUUCUUUAGAUCAGAUCGAUUCGCUUUCUAUCAAAUCCUUCCCACCUUGCAUGCGUCAGUUACAUAAAGCCUUGCGGGAAAAUCAUCAUCUUCGUCAUGGAGGCCGAAUGCAGUAUGGCCUCUUUCUGAAGGGCAUUGGUUUAACACUGGAACAGGCUUUGCAGUUCUGGAAGCAAGAAUUUAUCAAAGGGAAGAUGGAUCCAGACAAGUUUGACAAAGGCUACUCCUACAAUAUCCGUCAUAGCUUCGGAAAGGAAGGCAAGAGGACAGACUACACACCUUUCAGUUGUCUGAAGAUUAUUCUGACUAGUCCACCAGGCCAAGGAGAUUAUCAUGGGUGCCCAUUCCGCCACAGUGAUCCAGAGCUGCUGAAGCAGAAGUUGCAGUCAUACAGGGUCUCUUCAGAAAGGAUAAGCCAGAUUCUGGCUUUAGUAAAAGAGACACAUUACCAAGUAGCCUGUCAGAAGUAUUUCGAGAUGAUACAUAAUGUGAAUGAUUGUGGCUUUUCUUUGAAUCACCCUAAUCAAUUCUUUGUUGAGAGCCAGCGGAUCCUAAAUGGUGGUAAAGACGUCAAGAAGGAGCCUGUCCCACCUGAGACUCCACAACCCAAGCCCAGUGUCCAGAAAGCCAAGGAAGAGUCCCCUGCCCUGGCCUCUCUAAAUCCCUCUCCGGACAUGGCUGUGGAGGGACUAGAGGAUUACUUCAGUGACUGAUUCUUGGCAUUCAGUAAUCUUCUCCUCCCUAGCUUUCAUUUCCUACUUUUAAGAUUUUCCCCCUUUUUUCACCCUGGUGUCAAGCUUCUCCCUCCACACGUACACAUGCUUCUUAGGAAAACAGGCUUGCAGGUAAAAACAAAGACCUCCACUAUAUUUUGCUUUCACAUAAGGGUAGAGGAACAAUUUCUCUUGACGUCUAACUCUUGGGUAGUGUGAUGUAAGUCCUGUGUUAGGAGAUAAAACAGCUUUCUAGACUGGUUACAGCCCCCCAGGAAGAAUGCAACUCGAAACUUUUAACCCAACCCUUUUCUGGACCACUUUGGUUAAUAAAUAUCAAAAUGGG